AUGUACAAAACUACAGUAGGAAGGAGGGAUAAGCCAGAGCUGACCACAGUACGAAAAAGGCCCUACCCGGUUACGGCAGAGCAAGAAAGGGUCCCCGGGAAACUGUGGAAGUGGCAGCAGACGCAGGCGCAGACGCUGGCUUUCAUCGUCCCUACUGCAGCUGGCGGGCUGGCGGGCGGGCGGGCUGGCUGGCUGGCUGGCUGGCCUCGGCCCCUCGGGCCCUCGGGCGCCCUGGCUCGCUCGCUUUCUCGCAGGCCGGGCCUGAAGAUUGUUCGGACAAACGAGUCGGACAUUAAUCGAGUCCGAAGAAACCCAAACUUAUGA